CAGCGCACAGCGGAACGGGCUGCGCUUUCAGCAGGACGGUGCCCGAACCGGGUCACAGCGUGGAUCUGCCCGCACAAACCUGGACUGUUCCGACACACCGAGCGCUUCUUUGCUGCUGUUGCUGUUGCUGUUACCGGAUCUCAUAUAGGUUUAGACGCUAUGAGGCAGUCAAGCGAGGAGGUCAGUGCAGGGGAGAGCUGGGACUCCCAGCAGAUCUGCACCGCCAGGUGACCGCCAGCGAAAUCACUCCUAGGACUUUGAAUAUGCCAGCACACCACAAUGGACAGAAGCUACAACAGCACAGAGCCCAGCUUAUACCUAACCAGCAGCUGGACGGUAAUGAGCGUCUUCCGAGAGACGGUGACUCUGCAGGGAAACCAGUGGGCAGAGCCUCUGAGCGGGACUGAUAAUGACUCCAUUCUCAGCGCCAACUCCAAUCUGACGAGCCACAGUGUGAACCAGACUGCCGCCAGGUCACACGACCCCCUGGGGGGGCACACUGUCUGGCAGGUGGUUCUGAUCAUCUUGUGUUCUGGGCUUUUGUCCCUUGUGACCAUCAUAGGAAACAUCCUGGUUGUGGUGGCGUUCAAGGUGAACAAGCAGCUGAAAACCGUUAAUAACUACUUUCUGCUCAGCCUGGCGGUUGCAGAUCUAAUCAUUGGGGUCAUUUCCAUGAACCUCUACACCACCUACAUCGUCAUGGGCCAGUGGGCUAUGGGGAGCUGGGCCUGCGACCUGUGGCUGGCCAUUGACUAUGUAGCCAGCAAUGCUUCAGUCAUGAACCUGCUGGUCAUCAGUUUCGACAGGUACUUCUCAGUCACCAGACCGCUCACCUACAGAGCCAAAAGAACCACCAAAAGAGCGGGGGUCAUGAUCGGCCUGGCCUGGGCCAUCUCCUUCGUGCUCUGGGCCCCUGCUAUCCUGUUCUGGCAGUACUUUGUGGGGAAGCGCACAGUGCCGUCGGACGAAUGCUACAUCCAGUUCCUGUCAGAGCCCAUCAUCACUUUCUGCACGGCGAUUGCGGCGUUCUACCUGCCCGUCACCAUCAUGAGUGUGCUGUACUGGCGGAUCUACAAGGAGACGGAGAACCGCUCACGGGAGCUGGCGGGUCUGCAGGCCUCGGGCAGCGAGUCGGAGACGGCACGCUUUGUGCAGACGGGCAGCUCGCGCAGCUGCAGCAGUUACGAGCUGGGCCGGGCGGGGGGGCGGGGGGGGUCGAUACACAGGGCCGUCAGCCGUCUCCCCCUCUGGCCGCUCAUGAGGGCCUGGCGACCCGCCGACACCGACCCUGACCGCAGCAGCUGCGACAGCUGGAACAACAACGACACGGGCACCUCCAUGGACCAGUCUGGCUCGUCCGACGAGGAGGAGAUCCCCGAAACCCGCGCCAUCUUCUCCAUCGUGCUCAACCUGCCCGGCAUCCGGCCGCCCGUCAGCUCCCAGCUCACCUCCUCCGAGGACCUGGACGCGUCUGAGGACGACCCCCUGCGGCGUGUGGGGGACAGCAAAGAGAGCGUGGCCACCGGCGACAGGGGCGAGGCGGCGGGCGACGGCUUCCACCAGCGCUUCUCCAAACUGCCCGUCCAAUCCAUGCCCUCGAUCGAGACCCCCAAACCCGCAGGGGCGGCGUCCCCGGCCACCAAGUCCCCGUCGGCCCCUCUGUCCCUGAAAGACGCGGCGCUGGCCCGGCGGUUCGCCGUGCGGACGAGGACGCAGAUCACCAAGCGCAAGCGCAUGUCUCUGGUGAAGGAGAAGAAGGCGGCACAGACUCUGAGUGCCAUCCUGUUCGCCUUCAUCAUCACCUGGACGCCCUACAACAUCAUGGUGCUGGUCAACACCUUCUGCAAGGACUGCAUCCCGCAGGCACUGUGGGCGCUGGGAUACUGGCUUUGCUAUGUGAACAGCACGGUCAACCCCAUGUGCUACGCCCUCUGCAAUAAGACCUUCCGCACCACCUUCCGCAUGAUUCUGCUGUGUCAGUGGGACAGGAGGCGCAAGCAGCAGUUCCAGCAGAGACAUUCUGUGGUGUUUCGCAGGAGAAUACCGGGAGACUCCACGUAGCAGCACUGUUGGCCUGCUCCACAGAUGUUACACGGCAGUGGCGUUAGCCUGCUCUACAGACCAGACGCAGCAGCACUGCUAGACUGCAGACCGUAGCAGAAGCCUCCUCAGGGCCAGCACAGCACUGCUGAGGGAACCUCUCUCUCAGUCCUCACCAAGUUCCUGCCUGUGUCCCAGAGGAGUGACGUUUAUCUGCCAUGAAAGUGUCAGCAAGGCACAGCUGUAUUUCUACAGGAAAAAAGGGCUUUAAACGCAUAGAAAUACAGAAGUGCCACCAUUUCUGAGCAGGAGGGGGAGAUUCAAUCCAACUGCAAAGGGGUUUUGCCUUCUCUGUUAAUAAUGAAUCAAAAGAAGUGUUCACUCUUCUUAAUUUGUAUGCAACACUGGUUUUAAUCUGAAAUAAUAAUAAAAAAUUAUAAAAAAUUGACAGCAAGAUCCAAGACUUCUUUAAAGUGGUUGUUGAAAGUAAAGGUCAUUGCUCUUUGUGGUUGGAUUUCUGCACCUUCCUCAGUUCCACAGUAUUAUG